AUGUCCUUCAGCGCUUCCCCAUAUCCUCCAUCGUCGCGAGAACGCCCAAGCCAUGCCCGCUACCUGCACCAACCGCCCAACGCGACUCGAUUACGCACCCCCAAUGCGACGCUGAAUGAUGAGGCGGCCAUGUCAAACGCCUCCAACGCGAUCAACAUGGGGGACGGAGACAUGGUGGGAGAGGAAGACCCCCGCGCGGCGCGAUGGCGCGAACAGUUUCUACGCACAGAAGCGCGUCUCUCUGCAGUGAUCGGUGGCACGUACGAGGGUGAUGCUGUUGAUGCCCUGGACAACGAGCCGCGCCCGUCAUCCGGGGAUGCGGCGGCGCAUGACGCGCGACCGGCCGUCACCCCGAAGAAGUUGACCCGCACAAUCGACGAAGACGACUAUGGCGACGAUGAAGACGACGAAGACGAAGACGAUACCCGCACCUCGCCGCUACACUCAAAAGGCGCUGCCAAUGGCGUUGCUGCUGCCGCUCCCAGCACGCCAAGCCUCCUCCGCGUUCCUUCCAUAUCGAACAAGUCAGGUCACGACCGGACCGGGACACCUUCGUCGGACCAUACAAAGACAUCAGACGAUGUGCGCAAGAAGCUACAACAGGAUAAGAUUGCGACCGAGGAUGCGGCCAGGCGGAGCUUCCAGACAAUGUUCUACUCGUUGGAAAGUGAUCGUGACGCCAUGCUAGAGCAGCAGAAGCUUGACGAACUCGACCGUCAAGUAGAGAUAGAAACGUCCGGAACGCCUGCGAAUGCACCCCCCAACAGCGUCGUCGUCGCCCCCCAGCAAGGCACUCUCAGCACCACUAACCUUGGCGCCUCCAGUCUCACACUCAAGCACCUCAUCUCCCGUAUCGACGCACAAAGAGACAAAGUCCACGCGACUGAUGCGCAGCUCCGAAGCCUUAUUAGCGAAGUCCGUAAGAACAGGAGUAAAUGGGCAAACGAAGAACGUGUUGGACAGGAGGAACUAUACGAGAGUACAGAGAAGGUUCUCAUGGAACUCAAGGCCAACGAGCAUGCUCACCCCUUCCUUCAACGCGUCAACAAACGAGAGGCACCGGACUACUACAACGUGAUCAAGCAGCCCAUGGAUAUUGGCACGAUGAUGAAGAAGCUCAAGCAACUCCAAUACAAGUCCAAGAAGGAAUUCGUCGACGAUCUUAUGCUCAUAUGGUCAAACUGCUUAAAGUACAACGCGGACCCAAGUCACUUUCUCCGGAAAAAGGCACUACACAUGAAGAAGGAAACCGAGAAGCUCGUACCCCUUAUCCCGGACAUCACUGUUCGCGAUCGUGCAGAAGUCGAGGCAGAGGAACGGAGAAUGCGUCAUGGCGAUGCAGAUGCCGACGGCGCCGACGAUAGUGAAGACGAAGAACCUAUCAUGGCUUCACGAGGACGAAAGGCACCAAGCAAGGGAGGCAAAGGCUCAAGUACAGCAAGAAAGGCCCCUCCAGCAGGUCUGGAGGACACACCGGGACCUGAAACAAAACCAUCAGCUCCAUCUCUCAAUAACGCAGUGUCCAAUCUUAAGAACGAGUUUCUUCGAGCAGACUCCGAAAUGGAAGGCAGCGUCAACGGCUUUUCGACACCUCCCCCACCCGGUACAUUGACACCGUUGGGAGCGAACAGCAUUUCGCGAAACGGCGUGAAUGGUAGCCAAGCCGACGUUUCGGAGGCUGACGGCACUGGUAUCUCGGUCAGUGAUGUUCUGGAAGAGGAUGCUGAUUUGGAUGAUCUGGAAUACAAAACAUGGAAACAAGUGACGAAAAGAGAUCGAGCAAUCAUUGCGUCAGAAAGGCAUAGACUGUUCCGUGACGACCACCUACAGCCAGAUGAACCUGCUAUUCUACGCACAAAAGCUGGCAUGAGAAGAUGGCUACGACACCGAAAGCAAGCUAUCGAGGAAGAAACUGCAAGCGGGGCCGUCUCCGCUCCGGACGGAAAAGACGGCGUUCAGGCCACUGCUGGUGAGUCACUCGCCGAGGGUAUCGAAGGGGAAGAGGAGCGCCAGAUUCCGGAUUACUACGACCCUGUGUGCGCCAUUCCCGACCUUUCUGAACGCCUGCAAUGGGUUGAAGACGCCGAGGGCUAUGUCAUUCCUCAGGCUGAGGAGUACAUGCGUAUUCUGCCAAAGGGGCAGUUCGUAUCGCCAGACAGUGCUUUGGUUCACAAGUUCGAUGACAACAACCACAUACUGCAAGAAACCAGGAAGAUAUGCGCAAAGAUCGGCAUCGUCAAACAGAUGCAGAUCCAAUCGCAGCUAUACCAAAACCAGUUUCAACGAUAUGAACCGCAACCUUUCCACGAGGCAGACAUCGAGCCAACAGUCACAUCCGAGGAUGGGCCGAUCAUGGCCCCCUAUGUCUGUCGCGCCGCCUUACAACGCAGCGUUGGCAAAGUCUUUUAUCAUGCUGGUUUCGAAGAGUUCCAGCCAUCAGCUCUUGAUGCCGUUACUGACAUUGCGGCGAAAUUCUUCCAGAAUCUUGUUGCAAGUCUCGGGGUAUAUCGCGAAACACCGAAGAUGAAGUCAGAUGUCCCCAUCACUCUUCCCAACGGACAGGCUACAAGUUGGACACCACGCUUUACUCAAGAAGAAGCUGUCCUUCACUCUUUGCACGCCAAUGGUGUCGAUCUUGAGUCUCUCGAGACUUAUGUCAAGGACGAUGUUGAGAGGCUUGGUACCAAGCUCGGUGGCAUGCAUGAUAGGAUGCGAUCAUACUACGCUGAACUCCUGCGACCAGCUAUGGAUAACGCCGGUGCUGACGGGGCCGGUGCCUUCAACGACGGUAGCGAGCAAUUCGUGGGUGGAGACUUCGCAGAAGACAUUGGCGAAGACUUCUUCGGUUUCAAAGAGCUCGGUCUUGACAUCGAGUUCGGACUUACUUCCAGCGUCCCGUUGCAUCUACUACAGAACAGGGUGCACAAUGCAUAUGCCAGGCAGGACAACAGCAAUAUUACUACUACUGGUGUCAUUAUGCCUGAGCCACCGAAGUUCGAGCCUGUCACCGUUCAGACCGCUGAGAACCAGAUUGGUCUUCUCCAAAGUUGGCUCUUGGGUAAACUCCAUGACAACAACAGCCAGCCGCUUGUCGAGGAUGAUGAUCUUCCUCCGAAGCAGCGAUUCCCUAAGCCACGCUUGCCACCUACAGGCAAGAUCUCCAGUCCUCGGAAACGCCCUCUCAGAGAGCAGCAACAAAUGGCUCGUAAAAAGCGUAAGCUGGACGAGGAGAAGGAUGACAAUGGCAACGAUCAGGGUGGCUUCAUGAAGGGCAUUGGUAAACCCAUCGGUAAGCUGAAGCUUGAACCGGUGCAAAGAGAGAAUCAUAGCGUUCAAGAGCCAGAGAAAGAGGAUGGUAGCGCGCAUGGCAUGCCGAGCCCACCCGAAUCUUUCUAG